GGCUAUUUCCACUAAGGAAAGAGAAUUGUCUGUAUGUCCACGAUUCAGAACCUCCACCUUUUUGACUCCUUCACUAACACGAGUGAGGUGAUGACUGAUGGUUCCUGCCGGCGCCAAGGGUCAUAUCCAUGUAAGAAUUCAACAAAGAAAUGACAGGGAGACCCUCACUACUGUCCAGUGGGUCACCGAUGGUUACAACAAAAAGAAACCGGUGGCGUCAUUGAAGAGGAAAUUUGCCUGCAAUGGUACUGUAAUUGAGCAUCCAGAACAAGAAGAAGUAAUUCAGCUACAGGACGAGCAAUCCAGAACAUGCCAGUUCCUCCCAGAGACAGGGCUGGCUGCAACCAUCAGCUGAAGGUGCACGGAGUUUUAAAUGCGUGUAGCUCUCUGAAGUGUCAGCCAGCAUUUUCUCGAAAUUAGUAGAAUUCCUCUUCUGUGCCUUGUCACAAAAUUUUAAAACCUCGCUGCUUACAUAACGUAACCAUUCGGGAUCCACUUUUAACUCAGAUUAGUAUAACCCAAUGCAAUAAAGUGAAAAGAGGCAUGGCUCAGUAGUUAAGAGUGAUACCGGGCAGGUGAGAUACUCAGCAGGUGAAGGUACUUGCCACCAUGCCUGAUGACCUAAGUUCCACCCCCAGGACCUACAUAGUGAAAGGAGAAAACUUUCUUCUACAAGUGUCCCCCACCUGUGCCCUGAGGCAUGCACAUGGGCUCUCAUAUGUGUGUGUGUGUGUGUGUGUGUGUGUGUGUGUGUGUGUGUGUUUAAGAGCACUUGAUGCUCCUCUAGAAGACCUGGAUUUGGUUCCCAGCACCCCAGUGACGGCUCAUAGCUGUCUGUAAAUCCAGUUCCAGGGGAUCUGGAUCCAGUGCCACCUUCUUACCUCAGAGGGCACCAGACGUGCAUGUAACAGUGGCAAACACUCACACACAUAAAAUAAAAUAAAUAAAAAGUGUUUGGUUUUUAAAUAGAAUUAAUAUUGAAAAAAAAUUCAAAGCCAGUCUGGGGCACAUAGGAGAAUCUGCCUCAAAGAGGGAGAGAAGGAAGAAAAGGAUGGAGAGGAGAAGAAAGAAAAGGAGGAGGAAGAAAAAAAGGAGGAAGGAGGAGGGGAAGGGAGGGCAGGAAACAAAUUGGCUUAGGGUAGCCAUAUGCUAACCCAUGGCUGGGGUUGAGACUAGGCUGCCCCCUUCUGGGACUUCUCAGUACUGCAGUAACUCCUUAUGUAAAUGGGUCUUGGUGGUUAAUUUUCCACCAGGGUCGGGGGGAGCCUCUGGGUGAAUCCCGGCCUCUCCCUCCGCACAGCUGUGGGUGAGCCGGCUUCUCUGUGGUGUACAGAGCACCACAGGACAGUGGUCCUCAAGAGUCCUGGGCAUUUGGAAACCUGAGUUUCCCUUUGUGCGGCUAGACCACAUGGUCUAUGCGAUCCUAUCGAUGCCUCACACUGGUGCAGUUCAAAGAACAGUUUCAAGGCAUCCGUGGGAGGCAGGAAAGAGGCUUCGAGGGUGGGAGGAAGUAGAAUACAUGUGACAAGAUAAUGGGAGGGGGCGGAACACUGGGGUGGGAAGAUUUAAGUGGGGAGGGGAGCAAGGAGAUGGGCGAAGGAGGGUCAGCCACAACUGAGGUUAUUAAGAAGCUAUAAGGAAGCAAUACUUUGGACAGUAAUUAAAAAUAAAGUGUUUUUAAAAGAGAGUUUGAACAGAGGUACCCUGGGGUGAAACUGCUCCUGGAACCAUAAGUUACUAAAUGAAAAUCCCAGCACCAGAGGUGGGCCACCUCCCUGUGAAUCGUCGGUCAGGGAGCCUCCUGAGGUCCUCAAAGCACUACAGGCUGUCUCCGAUGCGCUCAGCUUCCUGCCAGAACUAGGCGGUGAGACCUUAUUACUGAAGACACCAUAAGCUCUAAUCACGGGACACAGAGAAAUUUAGGCGGAGCUGAACUGGAAGCUUCUUCCUGGUGGCUAGCCUUCAUAAUGCUUUAAGGCGUCACACAGGCUGCUGAGGGAGAAGUGCCACCCACAGCUUGUUCAGCCGUGGCCUUGGCAGGCUGAGCCCACCGCUGCCAUAGCGGCAGGUCUGUUAUGGCGUUAACCAACUGCUUUCUGACUGACCUUGAGGUCUGCUCCCAAGAAAAGAUGUCUGCUAUUGUAAAUCUGGUCAAGUUUGGAGCUAGGGAGGUCAUA